AUGAAAUUCACCCCCUUCGUCCUCUUCCUCGUCGCCUGCAGCGCUGAGCAUCAUCAUCGCCGCGAUGGAACCGACUACGGCAUCAAUCUAGCCUCGAUUUCCAGUGCCCUAGAACAUCUCACUGCAAACCAAACCGCCAGUGCCAACUUUGCCACAAUUUCCUCGCCGCCCAAAUCGCUGAUCCCCGAGAUCCUCUCGGUAGUACCCGUUUCGGUGAUCUGGGAAUUGGUCAAUCCGGCCCAGCGCAGUUCCUUGGCCAGUCAAUUCAAGGCCGGAAGCACUCCGGUCUGGUACCGCAAUCUCCCGACUGACGUGAAGAGUUACAUGUCCGUGGUGAAAUCGCAGAUCUCUGGCGCAUUGACAGCCACUACGGGGGUAGCGCAUGAAACGGGGACCGCCACUGCGACCGAGUCAGGAUCGACUGCUGGAAGUUCCAGUGCCAGUGCCAGUGCCAGUGCCAGUGGAAUGGCAGCGACAUCCACUGGUGGCGCUGCACAGGCCACGGGACUCACCAUCUCGGUAAUGGGGGCCAUGGGCGUCCUGGGGCUGGCGUUAGCUCUGUGA